GGGUGACCAGGAGUGUGGCAGAAGUGGAGGGGACACUUCGCCAUGGAAUAUGAAGUCAAGAAAGGGAAAAAGGGCUUCGUAUCCCCCAUCCGCAGGCUGGUGUUCCCCAAGUCCGCUCGCCGGGCAGCGUUUCGGAGCAGUGUGAGCCGCCGGCCCCUGCACUCAAUGCCCCUUUAUCCCCCUGACUACCUCAUCGACCCCCAGAUUCUGCUGUGCGACUACCUGGAGAAAGAGGUCAAGUUCCUGGGCCACCUCACCUGGGUGACGUCCUCACUGAACCCCUCCAGCCGGGACGAGCUCCUGCAACUGCUGGACACGGCCAGGCAGCUGAAGGAGCUGCCGCUGAAGACCACGGCGGAGCAGGACAGCAUCCUCAGCCUGUCGGCCCGCUGCCUGCUGCUCACCUGGAGGGACAACGAGGAACUUAUCCUUCGCAUCCCCACGCACGAGAUCGCCGCCGCCUCCUACCUGCAGGAUGACGCGCUGCACCUGCUGGUGCUGAAGACCGGUUUGGGCGUGGACCCCGUGCCAGCCGGUGUGGACGCCAGUCCCGGGGGCUCCGCGCGAGACCCAGGCCCGCCCGGCGGGGCGCCCGAGAAGCGGCGGGGGGGCACCACGGAGCGGCGCCACACCAUCUGCAGCCUGGACUGGCGGAUGGCGUGGGGCGGGGGCGCGGGCGCCGAGACCCGGGCCGGGGGCGGCGGCGGCAGCCUGGAGCGCCAGCGCGCGGGGACGCGGGCGUCGGGCAGCUGGGAGCGGCGGCAGACCUUCAGCGGCAGCUGGGAGCGGCGGCACGGCGGCGGCGGGGCCGGCGCGGGCAAGCCGGGGGGCAGCUGGGAGCGCAGACAGGCGGGCAGCGGCGGCGGCAGCUGGGAGCGCCGCCACCCGGGCUCCAACCCGCUGGACCCCCAGGACCCCAGCCCCGACGCCUACUGCAACCUUGUCAUCCUGGCUGUGGCCAACAGGGAUGCUGCUGAGGAGUCCUGCGCCCUCAUCUGUCAGGUCUUCCAGAUCAUCUACGGGGAUCAGAGCAUCGAGUGCGUGGACCGGGCCGGCUACCACUACACGUCCACACCUGAACGGCCGUGGCUCUGCAGCCGCAGUGAGAGCUGCCGCACGGAUGGGACUUACGCCUAUGAUGCCGACUUCAGCUGCUGCAGCUCCUUCAAUGGCUCCCAGGACACAUUUGAAGCCUGUUACAGUGGCACAUCCACACCCUCUUUCCACGGCUCCCACUGCAGUGGCAGUGACCACAGUGGCCUGGGCCUUGAGCAACUGCAAGAUUACAUGGUCACGUUGCGGAGUAAACUGGGGCCCCCUGAGAUCCAGCAGUUUGCGCUGCUGCUCCGGGAGUACCGGUUGGGGCUGCCCAUCCAGGACUACUGCGCAGGCCUGCUGAAGCUCUAUGGAGACCGGCGCAAGUUCCUCCUCCUUGGGAUGCGCCCCUUCAUCCCAGACCAGGACAUCGGCUACUUCGAGGGCUUCCUGGAGGGCGUGGGCAUCCGGGAGGGAGGCAUCCUCACCGACAGCUUCGGCCGCAUCAAGCGCAGCAUGAGCUCCACGUCCGCGUCCGCCGUGCGCAGCUACGACGGCGCGGCUCAGCGCCCCGAAGCCCAGACCUUCCACCGGCUGCUGGCCGACAUCACGCAUGACAUCGAGGCGCUGGCCCCUGACGACGACGACGAGGACCAAAGCACGGACGAGGACGCCCGGGACUCCCCAGGCGGGGGCGACACGGCCGAGGACAACUACCUAUAGCCUGUCGCCGCUGCCCCUGUGGAGGGCAGGGGAGGGCAGCCCCGCAGCCCAGCCCUGAGUCUCACUCUUGCCUUUGGUACCCCAUUCCUGGAGUGAGCUCUUUGCACCCCUACCCAGGGCCUCCACCUCCCAGGCCUCGGCUCUGGCUCUGCUCCCUGCCCGCGGGGCUCGGUCCCUGCAGUACCGAGAAGCCCCUGCAGGGGGCGGUCUGGAACGUGCCGAGCGGUAGGUCAGCCGGAGGUGCAGAGUGGGCCCACCUAGUCCCACCAGCCAGGGGAGCAGGGCCUUCACCCACUCCCCCCUACCCCAACCCCGCAGCUCUCUGGAAGCCAAGGGAGGGAUGAACAGUGGGAUCCACCUGCUGGGCGACUGAGAAAAGGAUUUCCAGAACCAGAGACCGCUGUUCCUCUUGUUUUACCAUUUAAUAAACUGAGGUUCAAGAAAGAAGGCACUUGAGGGGAUCUCCUGAUUCUCCUUAGAUGUACCUCAAAAUGGCCCUAGUAAAUAGAUUAGAGGGCCUUUUAAGGCUCUAAGUGCAGGCUCUCCUUCUCCCCCAUGGCAUAAAAUUGGAAUCGAGGUUUUCUCUACUGAGAGGUGACUCAGAGGUAGGUGACGUGUGUUCCUGUCCUGGCCCUAAGACCCUGAGCAAGUGGCUUGUUCAGCUCUUGGAUUUGGAGACCGGCGACCUAGGCCUCCUGUCUGGUAGGUGUCCCAGCCUUCCUGUGCCUCCUAUUUCCUCAUCUGUCCCACAAGCCAGCCCCACCUACCUCACCAGGUGCUUGGGGGCAUUAAUGAAAGUCGAGACCUGACCUUAACAUGUGAUAGGUGCUCACGAAAUGCUGUUCCCAUCCACAUCUAACAUUUUCUGGCUUGAUUUACCUGUCUUGCCUGGUUUCGAGGGAAUGGGAUCUGAGGAGAGGUUGAGGUGUGAGAAGACACUCAGGGAACUCACAGUUUGAGAAAAGGGAAGUGGACUUAGCUACCACAGCUCUAAUACAGCCUGGCUUUGUGCUCAAGCCCCGAAUGAAAAUUUCCCAAGACUUCAUAGCCAGCCACGGCAGGGGUUGAGAUAGCCGAAGAAACCUGCAGAGGAGGGGGUUGGAGAGGAAGAGAAGUCAGCACUCAAUACAGUCUGAGCAAGGCUUGGAGGCUAAAAUGAAUGCACCCUCAGAAGAGGCUCACAUAGAAAAGCUAAACCUUUUUUUUGUAAAACGUUGCAGAACUUUCCAUGUCUAGACACAUAGUACUUAUUGUGAGGUAGGUACCAUUAUCACCAGUUAGGUUAUUAUUCUGGGGCAUCAGGUCCAGAGAGUUCCAUGAUUGCUACUGUUUGUAGCAAAUGAUUAUCACAUCAUGAUCGAUCCUGCAAGGCCCUUCUGAUGUUUUAUUUUUCCUGUCUGUCUAUGCAUUCCCCAUAAUCCCUCCCCUCCCCCUCUCCCCUGUGGGCAACCACCUUUAUCCACUGACAUAUGUUCCUGAGCGUAAAACACACAGUGCUUUGUGAGUGUGUGUUUAUACUACAUAAAUAGAAUUGUAGUAAGGAUCCUAUUCUCUCUCUUCCUUUUUUCACUUCAUAUACGGUUUUAAGGUCUACCCAUGUUGCUAUGUGGAAAUCUAGCUUAUUGAUUUUAGCUGCCACAUAAUAUUCCAAGCUAAGUAUCCACUAUUUUAUGUACCCACCCCCACCGUGAUGGACACCCAGGUUGCUUCCAACUCCUUCUUAAACACUGUGUUGAGCACUUUUGUUCAUGACCCUCAUGGGUCUAUGUAAAAAUUUCUUUGGAUUCUAUACCCAAGAAGAGAAUUCUAGAUUACAGGGCAUAUACAUUUGAAAUUUUGCUAAAUUUUGCUAGACUGGCUCUAAUCACAGCGCAUGAAGGGUGCUGUACAGCUCCCCGCAUUUUCAUCAGCUUUUAUGUGAUCUGACUUUGUAAUUUCUGCCCACAGUUUGGGUGUUAGGUCGCAUCUCGUUGUUUACAUUUGCAUUUCUCUAUUAAUCCUGAAAUUCAGAACCUCCUAUACCUGCUAUACCUGUCAGGCAUUGGGGUUUCCCUUUCCGUGAACUGUCUGUUCAUAUCAUGUACCUCUUAUCUUGGAUGUUAAUGUUGCAAACAUCUUCUGAUAUGUUGCUCAUCUGUGAAGUGUAUCUGUGGCAGAUACAAGUGUAUCUGUUUCUCAAAGGUUAGCGUGCAUCAGGGUGCUGAGCUCCACCCACAAUUUCUGACUCAAUAGAGCAGGGGUGGGACAUAGCUGCUCAGUACUCAGUGGGACUAGUAGUCCAAGAACCACCACACUUUGAGAACUGCUGGUCUACAUCUUCCUUUGAACAAAUUUGCUCCACUGAACAAAUCCAUAAUUUUGAUGUUUUCAAAUGUAUUUCUCCUCUUUAUGAAAGAGAACUGGAGCUCAGGAGGUAAAGUGAAUGAUCCAAGGUCAUACAAUGAACUGGGAUUUGGACCCACAUCUGACUAGCCCCAGAGCCUAUGUCCCUAGCCUCUCUGCUGUCCUGUCUACUAGUCUUUGGACUGUACUGGUCACUGGCUGAGACAUUUUGUUUUUGUUUUUUUAGAUUUAUUUUUAUUUAUGAAUACAAGAACUGGGGUUCUCUCAGUUGGGAGGUGAAAGGUUUCACCAGAGACAGAGUGGGGAGCAAAACAGGCAAAUCUACUGAAAUACACUGCGGAGGGGAGCAGCAGUGAGACAGGAGAGGUCUGCUAAGCCGUGUGUGUGGUUAGCUCCCUGGCUGGGGAUCAAGCUCAGGCUACCAUGGUAGACCAAUGAGGUAGUAGCACUGAGACUUACCCCUUUGGCCACCAGGGGAGGAGUCAGUUGGCUAAGGAUAGGGAUUAAAGAGAUAGGGAUCCCUUUUAAAGGCCUGAGGAUUUUGCAAGAUCAAGUUCACAAGCCAGGGCAUAGUGUCAAGGCUGAUGAGAGACAGUGGUAUAGUUCUUACCACAGUUCUAGAGGUGAAGCAAUUUCCCUCACACAUUGAGGAAGUCCCCACCCAGCCCGGAACUACCCUCUUACCAAAGUCAUAGAACCCCUUGGUUUCUGAGGGCCAAAGGGCCUCAACUGUGGCCACCUAGGCGCUGAGCAUGGGGACUCUGGUCGUACUUCCUCCUGUAGCAUCUAACAACCCUGCUAGGAUCGCUUCCCUUCAUGGUAUCUUUCCUAGCACUGUAAGAGGGGAAAAUCCCUUCAGGGUAGGACAGCUAAUUCCCAAAGACUUCUUUGCAUGGUGUAAGGAUGGAACUUCCCUAUCAGCUGGACCCCUGGGGUGAGUCCCUGCUUAAGAGCAAAUGGUGAAGUUAGUGAAAUUGUUUCUAACUACCCUCUUCCACUGAAGCCCUGCAACUUCUUUCUCCCUCCCAGUUUCACUGGAGACUCCAAGCAAUCCUCCCCAACUGUUUUUUGGGAAGGAAUCCUGGGGUCACCAUCAUUCAGUCAUCAAACAUUUAGAGAACAUCCACUCUGUGCUAGACAGUAGAGGGAGGUACUUAACAAUUCCUGUCCACUGGAGGACUCUGCACCUGAUGGGGAAGACAUGUCCCCAGAUUAUCACAGCCUUGAGUUCUCAACUGUCAGAUCAAAGAGUGAGAAGCCAGCUCUUUCUAGGAAGUUGGAAAAGGCUUUGCAAAGGAGUUGAUUUAUGAGCAAGACCUUGAGGAAUGAGCACAAUUUUUGGCAGGGAGACAAUAGAAAGGGAGAAGCCUGGGGUGGGGUGCAGCAGGAGCAAAGCAGAGGAGCUGGAUAGCACACUCCAAGAUGGGUAACCAGUUAACUAGUGCAGUAGGCGCUCCAGUCCUGGGGACAACUGUGUGGUCUGAAUCCCAGCUCUGUUAUCUUACUCAUUCGGUCAUCUGGGGUGAGCCCCUAAAUGUCUCUGGGUCUUGGUUUCCUCAUCUAUUAGCUGAAGAUAAUAAUGUCAUCACCUCAUAGAUCUGAUAGAGUUGUAAGGCUUAAGCAAGAUAACCCAUGUAAAAGUACACAUAUUAAGUGAUCAACAAAAACAACCCUUGUUUUUGCUGGAAAAGCAUGUGUGUGAGAAGCGGGUGGUCAGGAUUUAGGAGAGGAAAGCAGAGAAGUAGGCAGAUUAAGGAGACCUCGAAGGGCAGGCUAGAUAGUGUAAGCAGUGGGGAGCCAUGCAGGCCUAAUGGGCUUGUUUUUUUCUUAAAGGGAAUGUAGCUGCUUCAGAAGGUUGACUGGAGAGCAGAGGAGAGCUGAGGUGCUGGGGAAUUGAGGCAGGGGGCUGGGAGAAGGACCAAAUGAGAGAUGCUAUGACAUGACUCAGAUGGGGUAAGAGGAAGAGAGGAGGGGGCAGGUUCAAAGAGGGAAGAUGGGGAAGAGGGCUCCCUCCAGACUCAGAAACAAAAGAGCCUCACAUCCUUUUAUUAGAUUGAUUCAUUGAUUUGUUCAUUCCUUCAUUGCAAGGUAUUUAGCUCCUGAAUCUUGGCCUCACAGAGUUUACAUUGCAGAGUAUUCAUAAAAUGAUUAAAUAAUAUUACUUGGAACUUCCAGAUACAGUAACCACCCAAUCAGGUCUGCAUGAUCAGAAAUUGAUCCUCUAUUUCUGAUUUGUCUAUCUUCAGAGAUUUCAUGUUCUCAGGCCAAGGGCCUUAGAGCCACACUUACCUGUCUUGUCCACCUCCUGUGAUGGACAAGUCACUGUUUCAUGUGACAGCCCUUUCCAUCGAGUGCAAGAGCUGACUGCCUCCCUGCCCACCCCACGCCCCCACCUUCUAACUUCACCUCCCAGAACACAACCUGGCACAGCUGCCAGAUCUUAGCCAUUGCGCAGCCCUGUGGUAAUGUCAGAAUGAUGUACCCUGAAGAAACUUCCCAUUUCUGUCUAAAAGCAACUUGUCCAAAAAGCAUUGUUUCUAAAGCUUGUCGUGCAGACAUAUGUGCCUUUGAUGUGUAAGUAGAACCUGUAAAUAAAUAAUAACAAUUCAGAACCCAGUAGAAAAAAUAAGCAAGUUAUUUGUAUUGUUCACAGAAAAUACAGAUGAUUGGAAAAUGUGACAAAAUGUUCAACCCCACUCAACAUAGGAGAAAUGCAAAUUAAUACUACAUUGAGAGGCCAUUUUUCAAUGACUAGUUUGGCAAAGUUUGGAAAGUUUGAUAACUUACCAAGUGGGUGUAGGUGUGAGGAAACAGCAAGCUCACACAUGGCGGGUGGGAGGGUAAGUUGCUAGAAACCCUACUUAGCAAUAUUUCAAAUGCACAAACCCUUUGAUGCAACAAUUCCACUGCCAGGAAUUUCUCCUACAUUUAUAUUCACACAGUGGAAAUGGUGGAUAGGCAAGGAAAAUCAGUGCUGCUUGAUUUCUAAUAAUAAGAGUUUAGAAGUGAACCAAGUGCUCAGCAAUAAGGGACUGGUGAAAUAAACUGUGGCUCAUGCAAACACUACAUACCAUGCAGCCACAAAUAAGAAUACAAUAGCUCCCUAUGUGCCAGAGGGAAUUAUUUUCAGUAUAGUAAGUGAAUAACAACAACAACAAAAGCAAUGUACUUUGGACAGUGUUGUCUUUUUGUUUAAAAGGGGGGUGUCUUUAUGUAUAUGCAUGGAAUAGCUCUGGAAGGAUAUACAAAACAGGUUUAUGAUUGUUGCCCCUGAGCUAGAGGAGUGUAUAGCUGUAUCAUAAGGGGGAAAAGAAACUUUCUUUUCAUGAUCACUUAAAUGCUGUGCUAUGAAUAUGAAUUACAGAAAAGCAAUUAUUAAAAAAAAAACACUGUUGUGAUAUUUAUUGUAC